CCAUUCUCUGCACAACGGAGAUUGCCGAGUGCAUGGGGAAACCAUUCUCUGCACAACACCGGAAAUAGCUCGUUCCUGUCAUGUUACACCAUUGUUCAACAUACAGACCAUGCCUGUCCAUCUGUUGCAAGAAGCCAGUGGUCCUCUAGAAGCUCAGUUGCCUAGUCAUGUUCAGAGAUCUAAGCUUAAAGACUUACAGCUUGGGAUUGAUCAGACAGACAAAUAUUUCCUGGGUUGUGUAAUGCUGGUAUAUCCCCAGACUAAACUUGGAAAUGGACUGGAGUUAUUGAAAGCUGUGAUUGAAGAUACUUCUGAGGAAGAUGCCGAUUGUAAAAUAAAAACCAUCAACACUUUUUUCUUUGGAAAGAUUGCUGAAGAUUGUGGGAGAUUAAUUCAACAAGGAGUUACUCUUGCACUGUGUGGAUUUAACCUAACCAAGUCUCCUUCUGCUAGCAGAGAUGGGAGACACCAUUGUCAGUUAGAAGUCAUGGAAGAAAAUGGAGCAAAUGUUUAUAUUUUAAAUAAAUCCAGUGUUCCACAAACAUCGCGAGUAAGGUCUACAGCAUUUUCACAUAAGUAUCUGUAUACCCCACUUGAUAAACUUAAGGAAGGAACAAUCGUGAACAUAUUUGGUGUUGUGACAUUUUUCAAGCCUCCUUAUAGAAGCAAAGGAACCGAUUUUUGUUCAGUUACAACUAUUGUGGAUCAAUCUGGUGUCAAGCUGAAAUGCCUUCUUUUCAGUGGAAGUCAAGAUAUUCUACCAAAGAUUUACAAAACUGGAGAUAUUGUGCGAUUUCAUAGACUAAAGAUUCAGUAUUUUAACAGUGAGAUUCAAGGCAUUACCAGUUCAGGAUUCUCAGCCCUGGUAUUUGAUGGUACUGUCGGAACUCCACUAUUACCCAGAACCGCGAGUAAAAUUUACACUUUUACAGACGAAGAUCAAAAAACUGUACAUAUGCUACGGGAAUGGGCAGCAAAUCACCUUAACUUUUGUGGGUCAAGAAUAAAGCUCUCGGAAAUUAAACCAGGACAGUUUUUUGACGUGAUCUGUCAGCUUGUUGGAAAGGCAGAGGUUGAUAAGUCGUCAUUUCUUCUAAAGGUGUGGGAUGGUACCAAAUGUGCAUCACCAACUUGGAAAGUCUGUGUAGAACAUGAUGCCCUUGAAGGAGACAGAACUCUUAUCCAUAAACUAGAGAAUUUGACAAUUGAUAUUCUGGUUUAUGACAAUCAUGUGGAAACAGCAAAACUCCUCAAGACUGGAAGUUGUAUUGUGAUUCAUAGUGUACAUGCAAAACUACAUGCAGCAAAUCAAGCAAUCCAAGCACAUGCCUCAUAUCUGGAAUUCCAUCUUCAUGGGGGCACUUGUUAUGGUCGAGGCUUUACUGUUCUUCCAGAAGAUAACAGUGAUGUGCAAGAUCUAAAAAAAUUUCUGGAUUCAGUGGAUCUACAAGACAGUCAGUAUCUGGAUGAUAUGUCACCUCUAGAACUGAAUAGUUUAUAUACAACCUUGUCAGGCCAAGAGUUGCCGCCCUCUGAUGUUCUGGAGACAUGCCAGCAGCUCUCAGUGGCAGGACACACUAAUCAUGAACAAUGGGAAACAACUCCUCUAACCACUGUCAUUAAAAACAAGGCUCCUCAGAAGUAUCGUAUUAGAGCAAGACUGAGGAAAUUUGAACCCAGUAACCUCUAUCAGUCUGUCAAGCUUCACUGCACUAAAUGUACAUCUUUGCAUGAAGUACCCGAUGAAGAUGACAUAAACCUUAUUUUGGAAGAAAGUUCCAAGGAUUCUGCAAUCCCAGAUUCCCAAGAGUCAACAUGGUACCAGUCAGCAGUGUGGAAGACAAGUAAUCAACAAAACAGACUUAUCACUAUCCAUUUUGUUAAAAAAGAUGACAUGCAUCAAAAUCCAGAGGAUGCCUUAAUCAUGAUAGAAGGUGGAACAGUCCAAGAGAUUUGCAAACUUUCAAGACAAUUUAACAGCAUAAUUCCUGUAAAAUCAUGCGAACAGGGAUUAGAAUUCGAUCUUUCCACUCCAUUCCUCAUUCAAGGCAACAGAUGGCACUAUGGGUGCAGAAACUGUUCCAGUUUGAAGAAUCUAGAUGCCCUUUGUUCUAUAGUGCAUGAAACCUCAUGGGAUGCUAGUACAAUAGCAAAAGUUUUGGGUAUUGAGCCAUUAAGUUACGUGUUCGUUAUGCAGUUUACCCUUGAUGAUGGAACAGAAUCACUGAAUGCCUACUUGUGGAAUUAUUCCGAACAGUUUUUUCAGAUUCCUGCUUCAGAGAUAUCCUUCAAUAGUGAGCUUCAGGAAAAAAUGCAAGCAACAAUGGACAAACUGUGCCCCACCAGAAAAAAACUUAGUGAUUAUCCAUGGUUGGAAUGCUGCAUCCGGUCAUAUAAUUCAACAAAUGGAGAAAACGAGAAGAUUUGCUAUGAAAUUUUUGACACUAUAGUGGCAGAAAAAGAUAUUUGAAUUUCUAAUUUACUUAUUUCUAUUUGCCAAUAUCAUGAAAAAUGCACUUCUAUUGCUGAUUUCAUUGUCUGCAUGAUUGUUCACUGUUGCAUGCUAUUGCUAAUAUACAUCUUUAUUUUACACAUGAUUUACUUGGUGCUGAAUACAGUAAUAAUGUUUGCAUAAAUGCAUCAGGGCUCUAGCAGUGUAAUAAUGUUAAAGUAUCAUUUAGAGCAGUAAUGUUCAGCUUUUUUUCUAUUUUUGGGAAUUGGAACUGUCUUUUUACAGCAGCACUUCUCAGCAACUACUUAGCAGCCUCACGUUAAGUGCAUAGUUAAAGAUGAGCUAAUACAUCUGUAAGUGAUGAAGUCUUUACUGAAUAAGAAAUGAUGAACAAUGUAUAAUCUAGUCUGAUUAUAACACUUUCAAUAUUUAUAAAUUGUAAAUCUGUGGAAAUGA